CAAAGAUGAGGAAAAAAUUUGUGAUACUUUAUUGGAAGGAGCAUCGAUUUUAAUUGAUAUAACCUGGUCUGGCAGUGAUCUAGCCAAAAAAUUAUCAAAGGAAACAAACAUACCGUACGUGGAAGUAGACGUUUCUAUAAGUCCAGGUUUGAUACUACUGGAUACAUUUUUGGACUUCAGAAACUCCACUGAUGUCUGUAUUAUUUUCGACAAUCCAGACAGUGAGACAAUCAAAAUUUAAUUGCAAUGCAAUAAUUAACCGUAUAUACUGUUUAGGUGUUGAUCAGGCUUUAUAUUUUUGGAUUGACACAACCAGGUUGAGAAUGGUGAUAUCGGAAAAACUGGAUUCAGAGACGUCUGCAAGAAUCAGGGACAUACGUCCAGUCCCAAAUAGUUUUGCCAUCAUUGGUUCCACUGAAAACGUCACCGAGAUAUUUAGAACAGCAAUAAAAGAAGACCUAAUAAAACUUCCAGAACGUUGGAACCUGGUUUUGACGGACUUCAGAUCUCAAGAGUUUGAUAGAAGCCUUCUAAACGGACAACCAAUCAACGUCUUAAGUUUCGACGAGCAAUUUUGCUGCUCCCUAAUGAACCAAAACACCUGCAACUGCCCUGAUGACAUCAAAAUCCCCGAAAGAUUCUUUGGCAACUUCGCGGACUUCCUCUUAAAGGUAUUCGAUCAAUACUCCUCCAAAGGGAACACAUUUGAUACGUACCAGUGCAACUCUACCUCCACGAGUGGAAAAGGUUUAAAAUACUUCAACGAUGUUUUCAAUGGCGUUCUUGAUAACGAAAGGAGCAUCUACAAAGAUGGAGAUACGGUGAGGGCCAAGUUAAUAGGGAAUAUUGAGAGGGGGAUUGCAGAUGGAGGACAAAAUUAUGAAGCGAUUGCCACCGUGAAGGAAAAUAUGUUAACCACCAUAGUGGGGAAAACGAUAACGAGCGUCAAGCGGUAUUACCGUGUUGGAAUCACGCAUGCCAUUCCCUGGUCCUACAAGGAAAAGGACCCGAAAACUGGACAGAUGUACUGGACUGGAUAUUGCGCGGAUUUCACUCAAAAAUUAUCGGAACUUAUGGAUUUCGAUUAUGAUUUUGUGGAACCGAAAAAUGGUACCUUCGGUAGCAAAAUUGAUGGGUUGUGGGACGGGGUCAUAGGAGACCUAGUUACGGGAGAAACUGAUUUAGCAAUUACCGCAAUGAUAAUGACGGCAAGCAGGGAAGAAGUCGUUGAUUUUGUAGCUCCAUAUUUCGAACAAACUGGAAUUUCCAUAGUGAUAAGAAAACCAGUAAGAAAAACUUCUCUAUUCAAAUUCAUGACAGUGUUGAAGUUGGAGGUAUGGCUCAGCAUUGUUGGUGCAUUAAUAUCCACAGGAUUCAUGGUUUGGUUUUUGGACAAAUAUUCCCCUUAUAGCGCUAGAAAUAACAAAAAAGCCUACCCCUACCCUUGCAGAGAAUUCACUCUAAAAGAAAGCUUCUGGUUCGCCUUAACCUCUUUCACACCCCAGGGUGGCGGGGAAGCCCCCAAAGCCUUAUCAGGCCGUACCCUGGUGGCGGCUUAUUGGUUGUUUGUUGUCUUGAUGUUGGCUACGUUUACUGCCAAUUUAGCUGCCUUUUUGACUGUAGAACGAAUGCAGGCUCCUGUGCAAUCGUUGGAACAAUUAGCCAGGCAAUCGAGAAUAAACUACACUGUUGUACAGGAUUCUUUGACUCAUGAGUAUUUUAUCAAUAUGAAGCAUGCUGAAGACACUAUAUAUAGGAUGUGGAAAGAGCUAACCCUAAACACCUCUACAGACGACAAGCGUUACAGAGUGUGGGACUACCCAAUCAGAGAGCAGUACGGCCAGAUUUUGCUGGCUAUAAACGACUCGAACCCCGUUGCGAACGCGUCCGAAGGUUUCCGAAUCGUCGACGAACAUCUCAACGCCGACUUCGCCUUUAUCCACGACUCGAGCGAAAUCAAAUACGAAAUCACCCGAAACUGCAACCUGACGGAGGUGGGGGAAAUUUUCGGGGAAAAACCGUACGCGAUCGCUAUACAGCAGGGCAGCCACCUUAAUGACGAAAUCAGCAAAAUGAUGCUGUCACUGCAGACUGACCGUUUUUUCGAAAAAUUGCAAGCAAAAUAUUGGAACCAUUCCUCCAAAGGAGAUUGCGCUACCACAGACGAUAAUGAAGGAAUUACCCUUGAAAGUUUAGGAGGAGUAUUUAUAGCCACUCUUUUCGGCCUUGGCCUUGCAAUGGUAACAUUAGCAGGCGAAGUAAUUUAUUACCGAAACAAACGCAAAACAAUCGAAAAAGAAAAAGCCUUGAAAGCGAGUGAAGUUUUUACCGUCAAAAAGGCCAACAUGGAAAAAUUCCCGCAAACCAUCACCAUUGGUUCAACUUUUAAACCCAUCAAUAAAAUCCCCGACGGCGAUUUGAUCAAAAUGUCACAUAUUACGCUCUAUCCCAGAGCUAGAAAUCGUAUUACGCAAGUGCAACAAUAAAAUAAAACUGUUUAAUUGAUUUUUUGAUUAUUUGCACGUAUUAAAUUAUUGAUAAAUAUAGUACAAUAAUAGAAAUAAAGAUUGCUGUAUA